AUCGCACAUGGCGGCGUGCACAGAUGGGUGUUCGCGUCGUGCUGUCGCGAGCCGUGUGAACACGUGUUGAUCAGUUUCAGCGUUGCUACAUUUGUACAAAGACAAUGAAGCGUCCGGCCAAGUCAGCAAAGCCAAUGGUGUCACAGCGAGCCAAGAUCGUGCCAUCCAAAUCGAGAAAGCCUCCGCCAAAACCGCCCUCACCUGAUCCUGAGUCAGAGGAUGACUUAGAGGAUGAGGAGGACGAAGACCUAGACUACUCCGAUGGCGACCAGGACAUCUCUCAGUUUAUGGGUGGCCUCGACGACGACGAUGACGAACAAAAUGCGGAGUCUGGGGCAGGCCAGAAGCGAGCCGUCGAAUCUGCGGCCGACUCGCAGGCUUCCAAGAAACUCAAGAAGUCAGACCUGUACAAGCCACCAACGGCGGAGGAGCUCAACAACCUCAAGGAGGUUGAGACGCUCUUCCAUUCGAACCUGUUUGGCCUGCAGCUGUCGGACAUGCUGAAGGAGAUCACUCCGAAAGAGAAGCACAACCACCACUUUGACGCCUGGCUUGGUCUCUUUCGAAAGACACUCACAACUAUUCCGUCCUGGGACCACCCUCGAGACAAUCCUGAGGCGGUGCUCAAAAAGGUGGCAGUGCCGCUUCCGACUGAGUUGCCACGUGACCCAAAGUGCCGCUUCCGGUUUGUGCCCCCCAGCACCGUUCAAGUGGUGGGAAGUCACGCCUUUGGUGGGGCCGUCGGUCCGGAUGCCGUUGUAGACCUGGCAUUGGAAAUGCCUCUGGAAUGCUUUGAGAAGACAGACUUCCUGAACCAGCGCUACCAUGUGAAGCGGGCGCUUUACCUCGCGGUCAUAGCAUCUCGUCUCCGGAAGUCGGAACUGGUUGAAGAGAUGGCAUUCAGCACUCACCGCGGAGAUGUCGCAGCUCCCACAUUGCUGCUGAGGCCAUCGGGCCAAGCUUGGAAGCACUUUCGAGUCCGACUGCUGCCUUACCCAUGCGCAGAGCAGUUCAAGGAAUCCCGAUUCGUUCCGGCACGCAGCAACCUGCGGGCGUCGUGGUAUUUCAAGGAACACCCCAGUGGCAUUUCUGAAGAGCUGCCAUCGCCGCAGUACAAUGCUUCGGUGUUGGCCGACAUGCGCAUGGUGGCCAAUGCGAAGUUUCUCACCGAGAAGUUGGCACAAGCUCCAGCCCUUGUUGAUGCCACCCGUCUGCUGAAGGUGUGGCUGAGGAAACGUCACCUUGACCAGGGUGCCGGAGCCUUCUCAGGUUUUGCAAUGACCCUGUACCUUGUUCACCUGUUGAUGAAACGCCAGCUGAGUCCAAUGAUGAGUUCGUACCAGGCUGCGCGGUUCACCCUGCUGACUCUCUCGCGUUCGGACCUCAGCAAGGAGGACAUCACGUUGUGCACCGAGUCAGUCGCGAAUCAACCCUCACUAGAAGAUUUCCACGCCAGCUAUUCGCUGGUUCUCGUCGACGCUAGUGGCUUCCUAAACGUUUGUGCGCCAGUGAGCAUAGAAGCAUAUCUCAGGGUCAAGCAUGAGGCUCGCCUGGCAAUCACCUUCCUUGACUCAUGUUCCGCAGACAGCUUCGAAGUGCUCUUCGUGACUCCGCUGCCUUUUGAGCGCACAUUUGACUGCUUCCUGCUGCUUAACGAGGAGGACUUGGAGUCUGCAGUUGAGGCGCAGUCUCUCCGAGCUGAGCUGGCAGAUUUCAGUGGCUCAAAGUCGAGGCCAGUUGCGAAAGCCACGUGCCAGCUCCUGCGCAAAGGCUUUGGCAACCGAGUUGAUCUGGUGUCAACACGCAUACUUACGCCAUCGGAGUGGAAGAUCACUGAGGAACCUCCAGCCGUGCAAGAGUCCUUGGAGAUUGGGCUCCUCCUUGAUGCUGCACACUGCUACGCCACUGUGCAGCGUGGUCCGGCUGCGGACUCACCAGAUGCGGCCGCCUUCCGACAGCUGUGGGGAGACCGGUCUGAACUGCGCCGCUUCCCGGACAGCAGCAUUCUGGAAGCAGUUGUCUGGCCUGGAAAGUCCGCCUGUGAACGUCGCAGCAUCAUUCUUCGGAUUGCGCGGCAUCUGCUGUCGAGGCAUGCUGGCAUCGAAGCAUGCACUGUGGUUGGAGACUUCCUGGAUCCGCUGUUGUGCCCCGCGGGUAUUGACUUCUCGUCGUCGCACCCUUAUGGCACUGGCGAAGAGCUCGGCAAUGAGGUCGUCUCCGUGUAUGACGAGCUGUCACGCACCCUGCGUCGUCUGCACAACCUUCCACUCACCGUGUCGUCUGUCAGAGGCACGUCUCCCACCUUGCGCCUGACCGAGGUCUUCCCGCCAUUGAAGGGGACUUUGUCGACAGACUUUGGCACGUGCUUUGUCCAGGACAAUGUCUACAUGAUGCCGCUUCCUUUCAAGGCCCACAUCCCGCAUCUCAUACCUGUGUCAACAGUUGUGGUCCACAUGGAAGCCACUGGCAAGUGGCCCGACGACCUGGAGGCCCUGCGCCGCGUAAAGGCUGCGUUUCACCUCACCCUGGCUCGGCUGCUACGCGACGACGAGCACUUGAUCACAGCCGCACACCCAGAGUACGUGGACGUCUUCAAGAGCGGCUUCGUGUUUCGAGUGCGCAUCGCCGCCCACAAGGAGAUUGGCCUGGCACGGCAGAGCGUCACACCGAAUGGUGCUAUCAAAAUCAAGGACACCGAGCUCAGCUCUAAGAUUGAGUUGGAGACUGAGAUCUUGCCAGGCCUCACCAGUGCGUUGCACGGGCUGCAACAACAGCACAGCACUUUCAGUGCCGCCUGCCGACUGGCCAAGCGCUGGGUGGCUUCGCACCUCCUUAGCAACCAUGUGUCAGAGGAAUGCAUCGAACUACUCGCUGCCGCUGUCUACAUCUCUCCCGCACCGUACGUCGUGCCCAACUCGGCGAGACUGGGCUUCCAGCGAUUCCUCGCCCUCCUUGCAAACCACGACUGGGCGAGACAGCCACUCAUCAUCAACUUGGCCGACAAGUUCACUAAGGACCAAGUGGCAGAGUUGCACUCCACCUUCGUCAACCAGAGGUCAACGCUGCCGCCGAUGUUCAUCGGGACGCCUCUGGACAGGCGGCAUCCGUCGCUCUGGACGCGGCACUCACCGACGGGACAGAUACUGCGACGCCUCACAGCCCUGGCCAGGGAGUCGCUCCGUGUACUGGAAGGCCAGGUUCUGCGUCCAGCCGAAGCCGACGUCAGGCAAAUCUUCCGGCCUCCUCUGGAACCUUAUGACGUGAUUAUCCACCUUGACAUGAAGCGAGUGCCCACCAUCCACACAGCCGUGGACUGUCCCUUCAAAGCUGCACUGAGGCCGUUCAAGGGCGAUGUCCUUCCGGUCGUCGGUUUCGACAUCGUGUCAUACUACGUGCAGGCGCUUGAGAAUACGUACGGAGAACUGGCACUCUUCUUCUAUGACCGCUACGGGGGCGAUAUAGUGGCUGUGUUGUGGAAGCCAAAUGCCUUCGUGCCACAGCCACUGAAGGUUUCUCACAUUGGAGGUUACAUGCUCAAGGGAAAAGACAUGAUGGUGCCAAACGUUGAAGCCGUUUUGGAGGACUUCAGUAUCCUGGGGAAAGGCCUGGUCGAAUCCGUCGAGGCGAGGUCCACCAAGUGGACGAUCUAGGUGACACUCGGCAUAGGAACUUAUAUUUUAAUUAUCGAACAUUGCGCCAUGUAAAUAAAUCACUUCUGCAUGACGAA